AUGCAGGGACCAGAAAUGCCGUUCAUUCGUGGUGGGCCUGGAAUAUACAAAGUAGUGAAGACCAGCCCCUUAGGUCACGCCAUCAGAGGCUGUCCCAACCUUAGAGGUCUCCCCAAUGGAAUGUUAGUUCUGGGACACAAAGUCAAGGCAGUGGGCGAGGUAUGAAUCCUUGUCGUUUCAGUUCUUAUCUUCUUAGAUACUGGUUUAUAAUAGUAGCAGUCGUAAGAAAAGCAGCUAUCCUACGCAAGGUUUGCUUUUCCACCCUUGGUUGCUAACUGUUAACUUCCUAAAGGUGGUUUAUGUUGUAAACUGAUGCAAACCACUUUUGCCUUGGUCAUAUAUUUCAUUAUCGGGCAUUGAUUGAACUUUCUUGUACACCUGCUUAAAACGUGGGUUUAUUAAGGGACUAUGUUUAAUGCAUUUUUCAGAGUUUACCAAUGAAUUAUUUUUUGGGAUACAACAGAACUCUUAUUUCUUGGUAUUGAUUCAGCUGUUGCCUGCAGUUGACUGUUCUAGGGUGGUCUCCUCUUGCAAUGGGCUUGAGGAUGUUGUGUGUCAUGCUAUGCUAUGGUUUUUUCUCAAACAGCACACAGGAUAUGAUAGCAAAUAGGCAUACACUACCCCAAAAGGAAAAGGAAAAGGCGGUGGCUCCAGACCAAGCUGAAGAAUAGACAUUCCCUGGAAAUAUCUCCUGCUCUGAAUAUGUUUAACAUAGCCCGCCCCCCAGCCCCGCCUUGGGCCUGACAUAUCGAAAAGGGGCAGCAUAAACAAAAACAAGAUCCUCUCUAUGCUUAAAGAGCCUCCUCUACAUGAACGGUGUGAGGAUGGAAAAGGUGAAGCUACCUCUUUUGAAACUACCUGUCACCAUACUAUGAAUUCCAAGUCUCCUCUUCCAUUAACCCUUCAACCCCUGGUAGCCUUCUGAGAAGACAUUUCUUUGGCAACAAUCAAGGCUUCUUCUCAGAAUGAGAGCCAAUGUGGUGUAGUGGUUAAGAGCGGUGGACUUGUAAUCUGGUGAACCGGGUUCACUUCCCCGCUCCUCCACCUGCAGCUGCUGGGUGACCUUGGGCCAGUCAUACUUCUCUGAAGUCUCUUAGCCUCACUCACCUCACAGGGUAUUUGUUGUGGGGAGGAAGGGAAAGGAGGUUGUGAGCCGCUUUGAGACUCCUUAGGGUAGUGAUAAAGCGGGAUAUCAAAUCCAAACUCGUUUUCUUCUUCUUCUUUUUCUUCAGAGCAUGAUUUAUCCAAGCACCGGGUCCUGUGCCGUGUUGAAGAAGAAAGAAAGUGACAAAAAUAACAAGAAGUCGAAAAGGAAAAGAAGAAGAAAGAAAAGGCUAGACUGA